UGAGCGCAGAGUCAACAGGCUGACGGAGUGAACGCGGUCUCUGCUCACACGCAGUUUUUGGGUUUGUUUUUAUUUGUUCACCUCCCCAAUUGGCGCCGAACACUUUUAAAUAUCUGGGAUGUGAGUUUUGACGGAGACGGAACAUUGUUUUUUCCUGCAGCUGUUUAUUUCCGCCAGCUUCUUCACUUUUUCACACUUGAGUUUUUUUUUUAAUUUUCUUCUUGUAUGAGUUUUUAAAUCUCCGUCGCCCCUUCGAGCAUGGCGGAAGCGGCACAGCCACCCCUGGUGGAUAUUGACCCGGAUUUUGAGCCCCUGACACGUCCCCGGUCGUGCACUUGGCCCUUGCCCCGGCCGGAGUUCAUCAACCCGGUGGACUCCAACACAUCGUCGCCGGUCCCGUCUGUCAAGCAGGAACCCGCCGGCAACUCCGACUUCAUCAACAACCUCAGCCUGCUGGAGGAGACCGACGACUUCAAGGAGCACAAGCCGGUCCUUCUGUGCGCUGACUUUCAGUGUCAGGAGAACUGCGUCCACAAGCAGCCUCCCCCACAGCAUCAUCAUCAGCAGCAGCAGCCGAACCCGCAGCAGCAGCUCCCGCAGCAACAGCAGCAGGUGCCGCUGCUCUCCUCCCCGGCGGCCGCCGCGGCCCAGAGGAAGAGCAGCUCCUCCAGGAGGAACGCCUGGGGGAACAUGUCCUACGCAGACCUCAUCACCAAAGCCAUCGAAAGCUCCGAGAACCGCCUGACUCUGUCCCAGAUCUAUGACUGGAUGGUGAAGAGCGUGCCUUAUUUCAAAGAUAAAGGAGACAGCAACAGCUCUGCUGGCUGGAAGAACUCCAUUCGACACAACCUAUCACUGCACAGCCGCUUUGUGCGCGUUCAGAACGAGGGGACAGGAAAAAGCUCAUGGUGGAUGCUGAACCCAGAGGGGGGGAAGAGCGGCAAGUCACCGAGACGCAGGGCCGCCUCCAUGGACAAUAACAGCAAGUUCACCAAGAGCAGAGGACGAGCAGCCAAGAAGAAGCUGUCUGUCCAGGGGGGCCCUGAUGGAGGAGCUGACAGCCCAGGCUCCUACUCCAAGUGGCCUGGCAGCCCCAACUCCCACAGCAAUGAUGACUUUGAUGCAUGGAGCAGCUUCAGGCCUCGCACCAGCUCCAAUGCCAGUACUCUGAGUGGCCGCCUUUCACCUUUCAUGUCUGAGGAUGAUCUUGGGGAUGGGGAAGUACAUAUGGUGUACCCUGGAGCCCCCGGCGCAAAGAUGACUGCCACACUGCCCAGCUUAACGGAGAUGAGAGGCUCUUUAGGACACAGUUCUGAAAAUGUCAUGGAGAACCUUCUAGACAACCUGAAUUUGCUCUCACCCAACAACACUCAGGUUGGAGGAGGGGCACCUACCGCUGGGUCCUCCCAGUCUUCUCCUUCCCCUAUGAUGCAGCCAAGCACUGUGUACCCAUCUUAUAACUCCCCCGGUAUGGCAUCCCAGGCACAGCAGGAAUACCGCAAGUGUGUGUAUGGUCAAGCAGGGAUGAACGCCCUGUCCUCCAUGCCCCUGCAGACUUUGCCAGAGAACAAACCAAGCUUUGGGUCCAGUAUGCGCCAGUACAGCUGUCCUGCUGGGCUGCUGAAGGAGCUGCUGACAUCAGACACAGACCAGCAUGGGAAACUCAUACCUUCAGUGGACACAGUGGUUUCUCAGUCCAGCGGAGGCUGCAUGCUACCACCUUAUAGCAGCAGCCAACAUGGAGCCAAACUCAUGGCAGGAGGGGAUGCCCACCCACGUGGUCUCUCUCACGCUCAUCCACAUAAUAUACACAGCCAAGCCUCAGCAACAUCAGCGGCAAUGAAUGGACGCUUGCUCAUGUCCCUGAACCACAGCGGGAGCUCCGCACGGUUACCUACAGCUAAAGGCCCCAUACACAUGCCUUAUGGACUCUCCAGCCACCUCAGCGGCGGGGUCAUGCCUGGCAGCUUCUGCCCACACAACACCAACGGAUACGGGCGACCAGGUCUGCACCAACCCCCACACCUGGAAAAGCUGCCAAGUGACCUAGAUGAUAUGUCCAUUGAGAAGUUUGAGUUUGAUAUGGAGACAGUUCUCCAUGAUACUUUGAUGGAUGGAGACUCACUGGACUUCAACUUUGAACCUAUGAUAACUCAGCAAGGUUUCCCCCAUGGCAUGAAAGCCACCACACAUAGCUGGGUAUCAGUGUUACCAGAUCACGAGUAAAAGACCAAACAAAAAAGUGACUUUUAUUUCCAAAAGAAACCUCCCAAAAAAGCCUGCCUAUAUUUAUCAGUGACUCUUGAAAAAAAAAAGAAGCCAAACUUUGCUCUUAAUGAGCAGACCUGGCAACACUGCAGGGUAAAAAGUAUUAGUCCAUACACUAAAAUCUUUCUUUGGAUGGAUUUUCUGUGUUUGAAAAACACCCACUUGAUUCAAAAACUAUCUUAAGGAUGCGUGUCCCACAUUUUUUGCAAUCAACAUUUCUGUUUAAAAAAAAAACUUGACAGAGCACUUAAGCAAACUGAGACUUGCUGUGGUCAGUGAAGGACUCGUGAAGGUGCCUCAUCGAGUUGAUAUCACAAUUAUUUUAGAUAUGUCAAACAUUCUGCGCAAACCAAGUGCCAAGCCUUUUUACCUUAACGUAAGAGCCAAACGGGAACACCCUUGUCUGGAUUACUCACAACUUUUGCCGACGCGAUGUGCUGGUUGCAUGUGCUAAUUUCACAUGUGACACUGCCAACUACAUGCCAGCAGCAGCAGCACAUCUCACACUGCGCUGUUUACUGUGUCUCCAGCAAAUGUGCACAGCGUGGUUGUGAAUGAAUUAUGAAGGUAACAUAGCUCAUGGGAUUACAGACUGACUGAGGGAGGAGGACUGACAUGAUUUUAAACGACCGUCCUCUCUAGGGAUCAUCGGACGAUGUUACAUAAUUGCUUUGUUUUUGCCUGAAUGUACAUAAUGUCAUACAGUUUGUAAAAUCAGGUCUUGUAGUGUAUUUUCUUAGAAGAUUGUAAAUAGUGUUUACAGAACCGAAGCAAAAAUCAAGGCAGCAGACAAAACUGGAUCGGAUUCUUUGAAAUAAGAGGAAACGUGAAAUAAACACACCUGUGCUUGAGGAUCAGUCACAGCUAGGCUGUAAAACAGUAAUACACUUUCUAUUUUCUUGUACAUACAUAAAGAAUGUAUAUUAAAAUGAUGUUUACUAGAAUUAGAAUAUAUUUGAGACCUUAAUUCUUUGUUGUUAAUAUUAGAUCGAUGCUGGUGCAUAUCCUGCACGUAGAGGUUAGUUUUUUUCGGAGUCACUCUGAACCCUAAUACCACAGGGGCCUAUUUAUUGUGCCUAACAAAGUAAAUAUUGACCGCAGGCUUGAAGGGAUUUGUGUUGUGAAUGCGUACGAUGCUGAAACGCAGCAGUCUUGAAGAAAAGUGCAGUGGAUUCCUGUUUGUUUUUUAGAAGACGAGAAGAUACCUGAGUGACAAAUUUCCUACUAUUGGGUUUUUGUUUUUUCCUCUAAAUGCUUUGCGGCUCUGUGAAUGUCAUGAAUCUGAGGUCAGGGCAGAUUGACGGACAAAGACCUUCUCAGAACUGUGGUGGUUUUCACCCCAAAGCUGAGUCCAAGAUCAGCCGUUGAUCAUCCUUAAAGACACUGUGAGUACCCAGCCGCAGAGCCAAUCUGUUUCAUUUUUGCCUUUAAUUCCUUUUAGGCUAAAAAGAGCCCUCGGUUGUCUCUAGGAUCAGUUGUAUUGCUUUUGAAGAGAGUCCACUUUCACUCUGCCCCUCCUACCUCUAACGUUUUUGUCAUUGUACAUUUUUUUCUUCAACCUUAACAAGUAACUUGAGAGCUCCAAUAAUCAUCUCACAUAUAAUUUCCCCUGAUAAGCACCACUAAGUGUUAAGUAUCAUUUACAGCUUGUACAUUUGCAUUUUCAGACGUGCUUUACUCAUUUGUUGCUGCACUAAUAAUUAGCUUGUCGCUGAUUUAUUAUGUCGAGUCAAAACAGUUGAUUUGACAUUUUAUUAAAGGGGUCAUAUUUUUUUUUAAAGGAUGUUUUCCUCAGGUUCCAUGGGGUCUUUUUAGAACAGAGAGUCUAUUUUAAGACGCAGUUGACCUACAUUAGCUUGCUGUGACUUGUAUAAUAUGACCCCUUUUAAGGUGACAUUGGUAAGCCUGAGUGCGGGGCUUUUUAAUGUUUACUGGUGACAUGCUCAAUUCUUUUUCUUCUUUUUUUAAGUCCUGUGGUGGCAUUUUUCUUUUAAUAAUACAGUGAAUGCAGACAAGGAACAGUUUCAGAACAAAUCAGUGCAAUGGGCCUGAAACCUAGGACUUGGGGCUGUUGCUUUCCACCUGGAUGAAUACCUUUAAAGAUCACAAACUAAAACAGAAAACUGCCUUUUAAACAUUAUUGCCUGAUCUGUGGUUCAUCCAUAAACUAAAAAACACCAGCAGGUGUCUGACCAUAUUCUUGAAUGGACCGUGCAUAUGCCGGUGGACGCAGUAAACUAACCAGACAGGAAAACACUUAAGUUUGCAGUGUUUGGUUUGAAAUGAAACCUGCACACUCCUGUCCAAUAACGGCACACGAUCAGACACCGCUGAAAGCGGAGGAGUCAGGGCAGCUUUAACAAGAAUAAAAUGAAACAAUUAAUAUUUCAAAUAGAUGCUGUUAAACCAGCUGCUGAUUUGCUUUGUUGCCAGGUGUUGCCUUGUCUUGCCCAAACUUGCGAUCUUGUACUACAACCAAAUUUGCCUUUGAAGUGAAAGACAUAUUUAGCAUUUUAAAUAUGUGAUAUGUGCAGAAUUAUAUGUAUUUGUGCCGGUCACUCGAGUCAGGAUAAAGUGUAAUGAAUCCCUGUAGUCAAUAUCACAGGAUUCACUCUAAGAAUUAAAGAGCUGUACUUAGUAAGUUAUAUCUACAUUUUUAAAUGAGUUGAUCUAUGCAUUGUAAUUCUUAAUUUUAUGUUGCAAUUGUUCUAUUUUCAUUUGUCAAACUUAAGAUAGAGAUGUUUUAUUGUAACAUAGCGCUGUGAGAUGUUAUGGUAUUGUUAUUGUCAAAACUCUAUGUUCCAGAUAGCUAUAUGGGGGAAAAUGAAGUUUAUUUAGAAAUAAAAAAUGUAGUGUUUGAUAUGCUAAGCUUUUGUAAAACGACAAUGCCGUAUUUCUUGUAUUUAGCUAAAGUUUUUAGAAAAAGUAACAAAAGAACAGAUGAAUUACUGGAAAAAAAAUUGUAAAGCAAAACGUGUGUAAUGACAUAAAUUCUGCUCAGAAUGCAGAUUCUGGACCAACUUUUCUAAUUAUACAAGUAGACAGAUGUUGCACUUUUACUUACAUUUUAUAUUAAAGUGCUCCUCAUAUUGACAGGAUGAAUACAUAUUUCCAAAUGAAAUCUGUUACAUUUUAAGUUAUGUACUGGAAGUAAAUGGAAUUUUGCUGUAUGAUUUACAAUCAAUAUGAACAUGUAAGUUGUUCGAUAUUAAUGUAUUAAGACCUGAAUAAAUGUACAUCUGUGUUAAA